AUGUCUAUUAUCACAGUGGUAAUAAUGGUCAAAGAAUUAGAGCGACCGCUUCCCUCACCGCCUCCACUGCAGAACCCAACGAACCUCGUUCCAAAAUCACCGGAAAUAAGCGGAUUUAAGAAAGUACAGGCCAGAAAAAGUUUCGUCAAAAAGUGUUCAAUUUGGCGGUGGCAGAAAAAGCGCCUGCCGCACUCCUGGGAAUUCCUGCCAGUAUCUACCGCCUAUCUCACCGCUCUAACUGGCAGAACCCAACGAACCUCGGGCAAGCUUUAUAUGGACCAUAGAAUCACUUAUCAGGACCAUAAACUAUACCUAAUUCAUUCUAGCUUCCGCGGUCUUACGGCUACGCCCAAAGAGGAAAUAGAUGUUGUUUCAAUUUUAUCGUGUUUUUCAACGAUUCAGCCUCCGGCGAGGCCGGCGAGCCUGCGAGCCGUCGAGGGCUCGCAAUCCCAGCCGACCUGA